CAUACGUGUGUUGUCAUGUGACCAAUCUUCAGCCAUCUUGUGGAUACGAAACGAGAGACGCCACUCGCACACAAACUCAGCGCUGUCAGUAAAAGCAGAGACUUGAAAGGAAAAUGGCAGAAACCCAGACACUUAACUUUGGACCUGAAUGGCUCCGUGCCCUGUCUGGUGGAGUGGGUAGCAGCAGCAGCGUGGCCUCCCCUCCGCUUUCACCUGCACUGCCAAAGUAUAAACUCGCAGACUACCGCUACGGGCGAGAAGAGAUGCUAGCACUUUAUGUAAAGGAUAACGUGAUUCCAGUAGAUCUUCACGAUAAGGAAUUUCUACCUAUUUUACAAGAGGAGCCCCUGCCACCAUUGGCAUUAGUCCCAUUUACAGAGGAGGAACAGAGAAAUUUCUCCAUGUCUGUAAACAGUGCAGCAGUUCUCCGUUUGGCAGGAAGGGGAGGGGGGACGGUGGCAGGGGCACCCAGAGGCCGAAGUUCCUCACGGGGACGAGGGAGGGGAAGAGGAGAUGGAGGGUUUUACCAAAGAAGUUUUGAAGAUGUGGAAGGAGGUUUUGGCCGUGGUGUGAGAGAGAUGCAUCGCUCCCAGAGUUGGGAGGAGAGGGGAGACAGAAGGUUUGAAAAACCAGGUCGAAAAGAUCCAGAUGGAGCACCAGCCCAUUUUCCAAUUAAUCCCAUUCGGGCAAACUAUGAGGAUGCUGGUGCAGGCACUGCUCGAAAGCACGAGUUCAUACGCUCAGAGAGUGACAACUGGCGCAUGUCUCGAGAGGAGCAGAAUGGAGAGGAGGAUGACGGGGGCUGGAGGCUUGCGGGGUCUCGUCGGGAAAUUGAACGAUGGUGCCCCCCAAGUCCAGACGGCCCACGGUCAGCAGGGUGGCGGGAACACCCAGAGCAACGGCGGCGCUUCCCGUUCGAUGCGAGGGAUGAGGAGCGUGGCGGUUUCCGCAGACCUCGGUCGGGCAGUGGGAGCGUAGAGGAGGAAAGAGACAGCUUGCCAGAAUGGUGCCUCGAAGAUGCAGAGGAGGAAACGGGUACAUUUGACUCCUCUGGGGCCUUCCUCUCACUUAAGGUCAGAAUGUUGGAAAAAGCUCCUAAGGAGCCAAUCCUGGAAGAGGCGGAGCUGGACUUCCGGCCACUGGAGGAGAAUGAAGAAUACACAGAAAAAGACGACAGUGAAUCAGAGCAAACCAAAGAUACUGACAAAGACACUAGACACAAUGGUGAGAGAAAUGAAGUAGGUGGUAAAUCAGAAGAGCCAUCACCAGUAGCUGUACCAUUGAGAAAAGUGCUAACACCUCCCAAGCCUGCGACCCCAGCACCCGUUACAAUAGUGCAGCCAGAGCAAGCUGAAGAAAGUGAGAGGCCACUAGAGAUAACAGUAGUUCCAGAACUCAGACCUGAACCCAAUAAAGCACUACUACACACAACCUUACCCAACAGCAUAGUGGAAGCCAUUUCCAUACCACAUGUCACAAACACACUACCAGAUCUUCCGGUGCCAUCACCUUUAGUGCUCCCUGCCCAGUCAAUGCCCACUCAGACCCAGCAGGUCAAGCCUCUGCAGGUGCCGGUGCCAGUGCCAGCAGCUCCAAUUCUUCCCCACCCCAUGGGCAUAGUGGGUCCUAUCGGCCGCCCCUCUGCCCUGCCCACUGACCUGGAUGAGGAUGAGGGACUCAAGCACUUUGAGCAGGAAGCUGAGAAAAUGGUGGCAUACCUGCAGGAUGGAGGUGUGGACGAUGAGCGUCUGACUGCUAAGAUCGGCCCCAAACCCACAGCUCUUCCCAUUACCCACGAGGCUGCAUUUAAAUGGUUUUACAAGGAUCCACAGGGAGAGAUCCAAGGGCCAUUUAAUAACCAGGAGAUGUCUGAGUGGUUUCAGGCAGGUUAUUUCACCAUGACCCUGCAGGUGAAGCGAGGCUGUGAUGAGUUGUUCCAGCCCCUGGGAGAAAUUAUGAAGCUGUGGGGGAGAGUUCCCUUCACCCCCGGCCCUACAUUACCUCCCAUGCUGGGAGAUGCAGAAAAAGAGAGGCAGAAGAGGCAGCAGGAGAUUAAUGCUCUAAAUAUGUAUCAGCUACAGCAGAUUCAAUAUCAGUACUUACUCAGGCAACAGUAUGCUCAGGCUCUAGCACAGCAGAAGGUUUUAAGCUCCGCCCCUCCUCCUACCCAACAGCAGCAGCUCAAUAUCCUCCUCCAUCAGGCACUCAAGAUCAGAACACCUGAGCCGCAACAGAGCCUUUUGCCACCUGUCACACGUUCCAUGUCGGUUCCAGAUUCAGGUUCUGUUUGGGAAAUGCAGAACCCAUCCACUCAAGCAUCCUGUUCUCCAAACGUGCCGCCAGCUGCUCCCAGCACAUGGGACGGGAGCAGUGUAUGGGAUUUGCCAUUAGACUCCAUGACUCAAGCGUCUUCCAUUGAACAGAUACAGCUGGAAAAAGCCAAAGCUCUGAAGCUCGGUAUGGGCCUGCCGGCUGGCCAGAGAGAAAAGAAUAAUUGUCAAAAUAUGAAUAACUGCAGUCCUGACCAACACAAACUUGAGAUGGAGAGACGGGAGGCAGAGCUUCGGGCUAAAAGGGAAGAGGAAGAGAGGAUGCGACUGGAAGAGGUGCUGCGUGCCAGACAGGAAGAGGAACGAAAACGCUUGGAGGAGGAAGAGCUGGCACGACGCAAACAGGAGGAGGCUCUUCAGAGGCAGCGGGAGCAGGAAGAGGCACAACGGCGACAGAAGGAAGAGGAGGAAAGGCUAGCUCAGGAGGAGGCGCUCCGCCGGCUGGAGGAAAGGAGAAGAGAAGAGAAGGAGAGGAGACAAAGGGAAGAAUUCCUCCGCAAACAGCAGGAAGAGGAGCGAAGGAAACAGGAAGAACUGGAAGCUCUGAGGCGACGCGAGGAAGAUAAGCGGCUGGAAGAGGAAGCAGCAGCAGCAUUGGCAAGGCAACAGCAGGAGGAGCAGAAGAAGAGAGAGCAGGAGGCACAGAGGCAACAGGAGUUGCAGAGGCAGCGGCAGCAGCAGCAGGAGGCGCUCCGCAGACUGCAACAGCAGCAACAACAGCAGCAGCUUGCACAGAUGAAGCUCCCUUCAUCCUCUAAGUGGGGUCAACAGGCAGCCACAGUGAACACUCUCUCCCAGUCUCAAAACGCCCUGUCACUUGCAGAGAUCCAAAAACUAGAAGAGGAGAGAGAACGGCAAGCACAAGAGGAGCAAAAGCGACAGCAGCAGGAGCUCCAGAGGGUCCAGCAGCAGCAGCAACCUCAGGCCAAGCUCUCAGGCUGGGGCAAUGUGGCCAAACAGCCAGCUGCUACUAAGUCCCUGCUUGAGAUCCAGAGAGAGGAGGCACAGCAGAUGAAACAACGGAAAGAGCAGCAGCAGCAACCGCAGCAGCAACAGCAGCAACAACAACAACAACAACAACAAACAACUGUUACCCAUCAAAACCGCACACAGAACCGAACGACCAUCAAUGCAUCAGUCUGGGGAUCUGUCAAUAAUGCCGGGCCGCAGUGGACGAUGGAUAGUAGUGUGUGGGGUGAUGCUCAGAACUCUAAUUUUGGCUUCUGGGAUGAGGCAGUAAAGGAGGCCUCCCCACCUCCUGCUACACGCAAGAGCCACAAUCUGAAAAACAAGGGCAACGCUAACCUCAGUAAUAGCAGCAGUGGUAAAGCCAGUAAAAAGGUAGAAGAGGAAGAGAAGCUACUGAAACUGUUCCAGGGAGCCAAUAAGAAUCAGGAUGGCUUUAUGCAGUGGUGUGAACAGACUCUACACACUCUCAACACCGCUAAUAACCUCGACGUCCCCACCUUUGCAUCAUUCCUGAAGGAAGUGGACUCGCCAUAUGAGGUGCAUGACUAUGUGCGAGCCUACCUGGGUGACACGCCACAGGCCAAAGACUUUGCCAAGCAGUUCCUGGAGCGCCGUGCCAAACAGAACGCUAACCAGCAAAAACCUCAGCAAGUCCAGCAGCAAAAACAGCAGGACCCCGUGUGGGGAAUGAGCCAAGUGUCACAGUCAGUCCUUCACCAACAACAGCAACAGCGGUUUGAGACAGUCACCUCCGGCAAGAAGAAGAAGAAACAAAAGAUGGUACGAGCCGACCCAAGCCUUCUAGGUUUUUCUGUCAACGCCUCGUCUGAGAGACUUAAUAUGGGCGAGAUCGAGACAGUGGAAGACUUUUGAGGCCUGCUGAUUGACAACUCCCCCUCCUGACUAUUUCUCCUUCUGAACAGCUGCCAUUAUUUCCCACCUCAAACUUUUUUUUUUUUUUUUUUUUUAAAUAAAUAUCCUCAAUUCUUGGAUUUGGAGUACAUACGGGGCAGCAAAUCUUUCUUCCUCCCUAAUCCAGAGGAUACAACAGUUGCAAUAACGCUGCCCCAUGGCCACAAAAAGAACUAAAACGCCCUGAAUAAAGGAAAAGAGAGAGGAUUGAUUCUGCAGGAGAGGAGUAAACUGAGCUCACAGUCUUAAAUGUCACAUCAACUGUGUCUCAUCGCUGAGAUACAGCGUCUACUCACAAUUAUAACAUCUCUCCCAAAUUAUGUUUCUUUAAGUGUGAAUAAAAGGAAUGCAGAGGAAAAAAAGAUAUGUAUUAUCCCCAUUACAACUUCCUUUUUUAUUUAUUGGUCCGUUCCCCCCCCCCCCUUUUAGUGUUUUCCAUUUUCUGUUUUAUUUUCUCUCCUCUGCCGCUCUGCUGCCCUUAUGUUGGUGGAUGUCGAUAACAACGUAGGACUCAAGGACAUGUAAUCAACAGUGUCCUGUUUUAAGGACAUGAAAGUUCCAGAUAGUUAUCCAUUUUCUUGUAAAAUAUUAGGCUGUUUAAAGAAUAAACUUUAAAUUCUGCAUCUGUAUUAUAAUAUAUGGAAAUAAUGAACCAGUGGAGUCAUACUUUUUUUUUAUUGCAGUACAAAAAAAAAAAAAAAAACAGUCUCCUGUGUGGGCUGUUCUAUACAGCUUUGCUCUGAAUGCACAUGGUGACAUAAUGCAUAAUGAAGUGAAUGAAGACACAACAUUUUUGAAGCA